GUCAAUGACGCCGCAUUAGUUUACCAUUUGCAGCGCAAAAACCACGCGUUAGAAGACAUUGUUCCGAACAACGCGAAAUCACUCGAAAAUAAAUAGUACAAAAAUGUUCCGCUUCACGGUUUGCUUCGUGGCCAUGGCUGUGUGCUUGUGCACGUCCGCGUGGGCCUCGCACUAUGGUGGUGCUGCUCCAGCACCAUCCUCAUCAUAUGGUGGCGGCGGCGGUUCAUCGGCGGCCCAGGUUAUUACAUUACCCGCCAAUGUUGAAGCUCAAGCGGCCGCUCUGACGAAUGCCGCCGGCGCCAAGGCGACCGCUGCCAAAAUCAACGCACUCAAAUGGGAUCUGCUCAACUUGUACGGUUAUGAAAUCGGUUAUCCAUUGUUGGUGAAGAAAUACGGACCAUUGACCUCGCUGUACUCCGCUGCGCUGCCACCACGCAGUUUUGUUGGAAAAAUCGAUCCCGCUUUCUUGAAAGACUCUUAUGGCAAAAUCAAAUAUGUCGGUGAAAGUUCGAUUGGUGUUGCGGCAAUCUAAGAUGGCCACGUAUAAAGCGAGAGCUUAACUUUUUGUGACUGAAGCCUUAAUACUAAACCCAGCUUGGCAAUAAAGCUAUUAUUUUUUAAGUGAAAAA